AUGGCAGGAACCUCUGCCAUGGUUUGGGGUCUCUCCGUGGCCCUGCUGCUGGUGGCCACUCUGGGGCUGGGGCAGCAGCCACGCCUCGAGCCUGGCCUCCUAGGCCUGCGGCACACCUACGACUGUGGGAUGAAGGGCCUGCAGCUGCUGGUGUUCCCCCCGCCAGGCUGGACUGUCCGCUUCAAGGUGGUGGAUGAAUUUGGGAACACAUUUGAGGUGAACAACUGCUCCAUCUGCUACCACUGGGUCACGGCCAAGCCCAAGGGGCCCGUGGUCUUCUCUGCUGAUUACAAAGGCUGCCACGUGCUAGAGAAGGACGGGCGAUCCCAGCUGAGGGUGCUCAUUGAAGCUGUGCUGCCCGAGGGGCGUGUUGAUGUAGCUCGAGAUGUCACUCUGAUCUGUCCCAAACCUGACCACACCUGGCCUCUGGACUCCUACCUGGUGCCACCCACUGCACCCUCUACCCCUCAUACUCGUCCCCUCCGCCCCACCCCAGAGCACAGCUUCGUCCAUCCAACCCCUGCUUUGCCAUCCCUCGGACCUGGCCCCACCCACCCCACCCUGGCUCAACCCCAGUGGGGCACCUUGGGACCCUGGGAAGUUGACAAGCCGGCUUCCAUAGGUACCCAUCUGGCCCAGGAGCAGUGCCAGGUAGCCUCUGGGCGCAUACCCUGCAGAGUAAGUGGCAGUUCAAGGGAAGCCUGUCAGCAGGCUGGCUGCUGCUAUGACAAUACCAGAGAGGUUCCCUGUUACUAUGGCAACACAGCGACUGUCCAGUGCUUCAGAAACGGCCACUUCAUCCUGGUGGUGUCCCAGGAGACAGCCUUGGCACACAGUUUCACGCUGGCCAAUGUCCGCCUGGCCUACGCCCCCACCGGCUGCUCCCCGACCCAGGAGAUGGGGUCCUUCGCGCUCUUCCAAUUCCCCCUCACCCACUGUGGCACCACAGUCCAGGUGGUUGGCAACCGGCUCAUCUAUGAGAACCAGCUGGUGUCUGACAUGGAUGUCCGAAGGGGGCCGCAGGGUUCCAUCACGAGGGACGGCACCUUCCGGCUUCACAUGCACUGUAUCUUCAAUGCCAGCGACUUCCUGCCCCUCCAGGCAUCCAUCUUCCCUCCCCCAUCACCAGCUGCUGUGGCCCAGUCCGGCCCCCUGCGGCUCGAGCUGCGGAUCGCCAAGGAUGUGACGUAUGGCUCCUACUACGGGGAGGGGGACUACCCCAUCGUGAGGCUGCUCCGUGAGCCCGUCCCCGUGGAGGUCCGGCUCCUCCAGAGGACAGACCCCAGUCUGGUCCUGGUGCUGCACCAGUGCUGGGCCACCCCCAGCGCCAACCCGUUCCAGCAGCCUCAGUGGCCCAUCCUGUGGGACGGGUGUCCUUUCGACGGUGACAGCUACAGGACCCGACUGGUAGCCUUGGAUGGGGCAGAGCUGCCCUUCCCGUCUCACUACCAACGCUUCACCGUUGCCACCUUCGUCCUCCUGGACUCUGGCUCUCAGAGGGCCCUCAGGGGACCGGUUUACUUCUUCUGCAGCGCCUCGGCCUGCGCCCCCUCGGGCCUGGAGACCUGCGCCACUGCAUGCAGCUCGAGGACCGCAAGACAGCGACGAUCCCAGAGUCACCGCAGCGAUACUGCCGAGCCCCAGAACAUCGUGAGCUCUCCAGGGCCAGUGCGCUUUGAGGGUACUCACGGGCAGGAGCCGACGCUGAGGCCCACAGGCUCUACCAGGAACUCCAAGCCGAGGCCUCUCCUCUGGAUGGUCCUCUUGCUGGUGGCCAUUGCCCUGGUCCUAGGGGUUGGCAUCUUCGUAGGCCUGAGGCAGGCCCGGGCCCAGAAGCUCCAGGAAGGCAACAGAGGGUGA